AUGCAUGAUUCACUGAUUUGUCCCAUUACCUUCGAUCUCUUUCGAGAUCCAGUCGUUGCUGAAGAUGGCCAUACCUAUGAACGUGAAGCUAUCAUCAGCUGGAUCCGUAAACACGGUACAAGUCCAUUGACGAGAGAACCUCUAACUAUUGAAGCACUACGCCCUAAUCGUACAUUGAAAAAAUUAGUCGAUGAAUUUGAAAUUGCAAGUCGUUCUAGGAAUUUUCAAUUUAAAUUAGGAGUUGAUGUCAAGACAAAGUCACAUCGUGCACUCUUUCAGACAUUUGGUAAAACAAUCUAUGAAGCUGAAUGGAUAAAGGAUAAUGAUAGGCGGCCGCGAAUUGUGUUACUGAAGAUCGAUGGUGCACGUGCU